AUGUUGGCAAGACUGAGCAGGCUCCUUGGGAGACAGAAAGGAGAGCAUAACGAGACUAGAGGGAGGCAGAAGGAAGCUGGCCCUCAACCUCAGUGUUGCACAUCAAGACAUAAAUGGUUCUGGGGAAAAUGCAGGAGUACCGGAAAAACAUCAACCCCAAACUCCGUUACUGGGCAGGAGCAGCGGAUGAACAAGGUGGCUACACUGACCCUGCAGCUUCAGAUGAUGACCCAAGAAAGGAAUGAACUUCGUGGGAUUCUGGCUAAUUAUACCAACAAGGAUUUGAACAACAGGCUAAAUUUUGAGUUGGAGAUGCUGAAUAUGGAGCAUAAGAAAGUGAUGUUGGAUCUACAGAAAUUCCCCAUGGAGAUGAGAGAGGCCUUGUACAAGUGCAAGGAGCUGACUGAGGAAACUGUCUCUUACAGCAUCCUCCACAACCAGCUCCUGAGUGAGCGAACUCAGCUGAAGAAAAAAGUGAGCAUGUUGAGAGAGGAGAACCAAAAGCUACGGAGGGAGCAGAUUUCUCUGCUAGUGGCCUGUGAGAAGGUGAAGAAUCUCUAUGAAAAGACCGAUGAGAAGUUCUGUGAGCUAUGUGACGAGGGGGAUAAGGAAUCGUCAUGUUGAUGCCAUAGAGGCUGGACAACUCUGGACUCCCACUAGAAAUGGAGGAGUGUUUCCUUUGCUAUAAAUCCACACCACCAUAAGCUGUCAUUCGUGCCAUUGAUCUUAGCCAUUCUGACAGGUGUAAGGUGGAAUCUCAAAGGAGUUUUUGGUUCAAAUUCCCCUGAAGGAAACAGGAUAUAUUGGUGGAAAGACGACAAUUCCUGCUGAAGCUGAGGGAUCAGGUCACCAAACAUAUAGAAAUGGCAGAAAAGCUGCAGAUUCACUUCGCUGUCUCCC